AUGGUAAUUGGUUGGUUGCGAUUUGCGAAUAUCUCCAACAAACAAAAAUAACAACAAAACAUUAAACAAAUCCCGAGCUUUAGUUAAAGUUCAGAAUAAAAUAUUUGAAGCUCUGAUAAAGUUGACGGUGCUAACUGGUUAUAGUUAUCGUCGUGGUUUGAACAAGCGAAGCUGCUUUCCGAAGUUAUUCUCCAUUCAAUACUUCUAACAAAAUGACAACAGAGAAUAAUGUAACAGCGGCGAGGACGGAUUCUAUUCUCCAAAAUAGCAGCAGUUAUGUGAUACCGGGAGUUUACGAUAUAAGCGUUGACGAUGCAACAUGGGUGUUAUCUUCAUCUUUUAUUAUUUUUACAAUGCAAACUGGUUUUGGCAUGCUGGAAUCUGGUUGUGUGUCAGUUAAAAAUGAAGCUAACAUAAUGAUGAAAAAUAUCGUCGACAUUGUACUGGGUGGCUUUACUUAUUGGCUCGUUGGAUAUGGAAUAUCGUUUGGAAGAGGAACACUGUCAAAUCCAUUUAUAGCAAUUGGUGACUUUCUAACUGAUCCACCAAUGGGAGAUCCACUUAUGGGUCAAAUUCUGACGGCAUUUCUCUUUCAAUUAUCAUUUGCAACUACGGCGACUACAAUUGUCAGUGGAGCCAUGGCAGAAAGAACUAACUUCAAGGCGUACUGCUUAUACUCUUUACUUAAUCCAAUAAUAUACUGCGUUUCUGCAGGGUGGGUGUGGGGUGAACAUGGAUUCCUAAAUAAUUUAGGAGUUGUUGACAUUGCUGGAAGUGGGCCUGUUCAUUUAAUUGGUGGAGCAUCAGCUUUUGCUGCAGCAGUAAUGCUUGGACCUCGUUUGGGACGAUAUGCCAAAGGAACCGACCCUUUGCCUCUAGGAAGCCCUGUCAACACAAUAUUGGGCCUUUUUCUUCUUUGGUGGGGCUGGUUAGUCUUCAACUCGGGCAGCACGUAUGGAGUGAGUGGUGAAAAGUGGCAAUAUGCUUCGAGAGCUGCCGUCGUUACAAUGUUGGGAUCUUUUGGAGGUGGAAUAGCCAGCGUUGGAUACUCCAUGUUUCGUCAUAGUGGACGUAUCGAUGUAAUUGAUCUUGUCAAUGGAAUUUUGGGUGCUCUCGUUUCGAUCACAGCUGGAUGCUUCCUGUACCGUGCAUGGGAAGCAAUUCUCAUUGGAAGUUUGGGAGCACUAUUGUGUUGCCUGGUUAUGCCAUUGUUUGACAGAUUUCAUGUUGAUGACCCUGUUGGGGCGAGUGCAGUUCAUGGAGUAUGUGGAAUUUGGGGUGUGUUAGCAGUUGGACUGUUUGCUGGUGAUCCAACUCCUUUGGGAACCACCAAAGGCCGGUUGGGAUUAUUUAAAGGUGGAGGUUUUGAUCUUCUUGGCAUCCAAGCAAUUACAGCACUUUGUCUUGCAUGUUGGGGAAUUUGUUCGACAUUCCUAUUGCUCUAUGUUGUAAAUAAAAUUAUUCCAAUAAGAAUGGAUCACGAUGAAGAGCUAGAGGGCGCUGAUUAUGCUGAUCACAGAAUUCAAAACUCCCAAAUUCGUCUUGCUCGAGAAUUGGCUCAGUUCAGAAUGGAUAUUGAAAAGAUUGUCGGAAUUGUACCCAUCAGUGAUGGUGGUCUCAAUAGUACCAAUCUUCAUGAACUCCGAGCUACUGAGGAUAAACUUAAUCAAUGGCAAAUUUAUAUGGAUCGAAGGCAAAGUUCUGCAAUCGAAGAUACUCAAAUGUACCCCAUACCAAAGACGACUAUUGCCGGCAAUCACCUCUCCAAAAGACUGAACUGUUUAAAUGGCAACAGUUCAGACAGAUCGGAACAUAUCGUUAGUAGUGAUGUAGGAGGAGUUUUUAAGGCCAAAAACACAGAAGUGGCAACACUGGGAAGCGAUAAUGUAGCAUUUAAUUCCUCAGAUUAAAGUUAUAGAUUUAUAAGAGAAUUAAAUAAAAUAAUAAGUAAUGUAAGUUAAUAAUUA